CUUUUUGUUCAGCACCUCUACGCGUUAAGCCGUAGUAUCUGAGCAUUCUCCGAGACCUUUAUUUCUUUUAAUAAAAGUUCAUCACAUCUACCUUCACAAUGGGUAAGGACGACAAGACUCAUCUUAACAUCGUCGUUAUCGGCCACGUCGAUUCCGGCAAGUCGACCACCACUGGUCACUUGAUCUACAAGUGUGGUGGUAUCGACCAGCGUACCAUCGAGAAGUUCGAGAAGGAAGCCGCCGAGCUUGGCAAGGGUUCCUUCAAGUACGCCUGGGUGCUGGACAAGCUGAAGUCCGAGCGUGAGCGUGGUAUCACCAUCGAUAUCGCCCUCUGGAAGUUCGGUACCGCCAAGUAUGAGGUCACCGUCAUCGAUGCCCCCGGUCAUCGUGACUUCAUCAAGAACAUGAUCACUGGUACCUCCCAGGCCGAUUGCGCCAUUCUCAUCAUUGGCUCCGGUACUGGUGAGUUCGAGGCUGGUAUCUCCAAGGAUGGCCAGACCCGUGAGCACGCUCUGCUUGCCUUCACCCUCGGUGUGAAGCAGCUCAUCGUUGCCCUCAACAAGAUGGACACCUGCAAGUGGUCCGAGGACCGUUACAACGAGAUCGUCAAGGAGACCACCAACUUCAUCAAGAAGGUCGGCUACAACCCCAAGGCCGUCCCCUUCGUCCCCAUCUCCGGCUUCAACGGCGACAACAUGCUCGAGCCCUCUCCCAACUGCCCCUGGUACAAGGGAUGGGAGAAGGAGGGCAAGUCCGGCAAGGUCACCGGUAAGACCCUGCUGGAGGCCAUCGAUGCCAUCGAGGCCCCCGUCCGUCCCGCCAACAAGCCCCUCCGUCUGCCCCUGCAGGAUGUGUACAAGAUCUCCGGUAUCGGCACAGUUCCCGUCGGCCGUGUCGAGACUGGUGUCAUCAGCCCCGGUAUGGUCGUUACCUUCGCCCCCGCCAACGUGACCACUGAGGUCAAGUCCGUCGAGAUGCACCACCAGCAGCUCAAGGAGGGUCUCCCCGGUGACAACGUCGGCUUCAACGUCAAGAACGUCUCCGUCAAGGAGGUCCGCCGUGGCAACGUCGCCGGUGACUCCAAGAACGACCCCCCCAGCGGCUGUGACAACUUCACCGCCCAGGUCAUCGUCCUGAACCACCCCGGUCAGGUCGGCGCCGGCUACGCCCCCGUGCUGGAUUGCCACACUGCCCACAUUGCCUGCAAGUUCGCCGAGCUGCAGCAGAAGAUCGACCGCCGUACCGGUAAGGCCACCGAGGAGAACCCCAAGUUCAUCAAGUCCGGUGAUGCCGCCAUCGUCAAGAUGAUUCCCUCCAAGCCCAUGUGUGUUGAGGCCUUCACCUCCUACCCCCCUCUGGGUCGUUUCGCCGUCCGUGACAUGCGCCAGACCGUUGCCGUCGGUGUCGUCAAGGCUGUCGAGAAGGCCACCGCCGCCUCCGGCAAGGUCACCAAGGCCGCCCAGAAGGCCGGCAAGAAAUAA